AUGCGGAGAACUUUAUUAAAAUCAUUUUCUAGUCUCUCAAUUAAUUGUAAGAGGCAAUAUGGUUGGAAACCUGUGGAACCUUUGGACCCAUGCAUACAGGUGACCAUUCUUCAUAAUGGUGUAAAGAUUGCCACGGAGGAGGUAAAAUCUCCACUCGCGUGCGUGACACUAUCGGUGGCUGCGGGUUCCAGGUAUGAGACAAAGUGUACUAACGGACUGACGCACUUUAUUGAGCAUAUGGCAUUUAAAGGAUUCCGAUCGAUGAGGAAAGAUAAGUUCGAAGAAGCUGUUGCACAUAUGGGAGCAAAGAUGACAGUGCAGACCUCAAGAGAAAUGCAGGUAUUCUCAGUUGUGUUGCCGUCUGAAAUGUCGACUGCCGCUGUAGACAAAUUGUCCAAGAUCAUUUGUGACAUCGAGUUUAGUGACGAUGAGGUUUGCAAAGAGAAGAAUAACAUCUGUUUGGAGCUAAAUGAUAAUGAUGUUAAUCCAAAACAGCUGGUGUUCGAUUAUCUACAUGCAACUGCCUUCCAGGGCACGCCGCUUGCGCAGCGCGUUAUGGGUACAUCUGAAAAUUUGGACAACUUUGAUGCGGUAAUGAUAGAUAACUUCAUGACUGACCAAUACCAACCUUAUAGAUUUGUUAUAGCUACAUCAGGAGAAGUGUCGCACGAUAAAAUAAUGCAGUAUGCAGAGCCACGGUUCGGGUGUAUAACACCACAGCCAUGUCGUGAGGCGGAGCCGGGACCCAGCCGAUACACUGGCUCUCAAGUAGUAUUUCGCGACGAUUCUAUGCCUUUCUGUUAUGCAGCAAUCGCAUUCGAAGCACCAGGCUACUUUAGCCCUCAAUACCUUAGUAUGCUGGUAAUGUCAUACAUAGUAGGUUCGUGGGACAAGAGCCAGAGCCGUGGCGAAAACCACGCGCCGCUAGUGGCGCGCGCGGUUUCAUGUGCUAACUUGUGCGAAAGGUACGAGACGUUCUACAUCCCGUACCGAGACAUCGGCUUGUGGGGCGUCUAUUUUGUGGCUGACAAGUGGAAGCUGGAUGUAGUGGUAUCUUAUAUUCAGGAACAAUGGUUGCAGUUGUGUACUAUGGUACAGAAAACCGAUAUUGAAAGAGGUUUGAAUGCGCUGCGGUUGACGUUCGCGCAACAGUACGGGAGUGUCGUGACUUCAUCACACGAUAUAGGUAAGCAGAUGCUGUAUACCAGCGGCCGCAAGUCAUUGGAGCAUCUGCUACAGAGCUUGAAUAAUAUCAAAGUGGAUAAUAUUCGGAACGUGGCAACCCAAAUGAUGUACGACAAGUGUCCAGCAGUGGCCGUCGUGGGUCCCUCAGAGACGAUGCCCGACUACAACAGGAUAAGAGCUGGCCAGUGGUGGCUUAGGGUUUAA